CGAGAGUCGAUGGCGUAGGCAUUGAACGACGCUGAGAGGGCCGUAUGUAUGGGCGAGACGAGCUGGCGCACGCAGUCACCUUCGAGAAGGAACACGUGCGACUCGGCUUUUCUCCACGUCAGAAUGUGGCCGUGUUGUCGUAUUUAGAGGCUCGUUGUAAACAUACCGACACACUAGGACAGAAAGGAAGGCACCGCGUGGUUGAAUACUCAUUACAAGUGUGCUUUUCCAACAGUGCCAACGCAACCAUGCCUUACAUGAUGGACCACGACGACUUCGGUGACCGACUUUACUGGGACAAGGUUACCCCGGAGAACAUCCAGGAGCUGCGCGAGCGUUUGCUGCAGUGGCCGGAAAGACACGAGCUAUGCUACCCGGAUGAGCUGCAGCGCGUGAUGGAGGACGACGACUACUGUCGCAACAUCGUGUGUCAAAUGCGCCUAAACAUGCCGAGUGCGCACAAGUUCGUCGCUGAAAUGCUGACCUGGAGACGUGCCAUGGGGCUUAAAGAGCUUCGAGAGGAACACCUACCGAAGGCAGUGCUCGAACGAUGCAUCGUAUACCCUUACGGAAAAGACAAAUCGGGGUGCCAAGUCUUGGUUCUUCGUAACAAGAACUACAGCAAGGGUUUGGCAGAUCCCGACAGCGUAAAAAGAGUCUUCCUUUACUUCAUUGAGAAGCUGUUCAAUGAGCGCAAGGUACCAAAGAUCACUUUACUUAUGGACUGUACCGACACCGGAGUAUCUAACAUUGAUAUUGAUCUUCUCCAGUUUGUCGUGGAUGUUUUCAUCUCAAAGUAUCCAAUAGCACUCGGAAAUGCACUCAUAUACAACAUGCCUUGGUUGCUUAAUGCGCUCCUGAAAAUGAUUAAGGGUUGGCUCCCCUUUGGCGUCGAAAGACUCAAGACAGUCAACAAAAAGGAUAUACAGCAGUACAUCGACGCCAAGUACCUUCCCGUGCGAAUGGGUGGAGUGGACACCUACGAGUACACCUACACGCCAGGAAGCCCUCUUGGAGAUGGUAUUCACUAGUCACAACCUCCCACCAAAGUGUGCGGUUACUGGGUCUGUGAUAGCUGCGCUACGUCAGCGUGGUAGAGCUCCACCCAUACUUCCGUGAUGUUCCUCACGACCGUUUUUAGGACAACUUCAUCAGUUCAUCUACCGACGUAAUGGCUUUCUUUUAUCGUGUUUUCAUUCAAGCCAUUGUGUUUUCAUUUCUGCAAGAAGAAAACCUCGUCGACAAGCGGAAGAACGUAGUUACUUUCCAGCGAUUUUCUUAGAACCAUAGAAGCAAUAAAGAGUCAUAGAAAUGCGU